AUGGAGCUAUCAAAGCAAUCUUCUUCGUUAAGGGAAAGUUUUACAAUUCAAGACCAUUUCAUCAGUCAUAGCAGUGAAGAUAUCGCCAAGUUUCCUUCGGUCGAAUUUUAUAAGCCGCCUUCGCGUAUUCAAAACGAAAUGAGCUUGCACAGCGAAAUCCAUGAUGAUUCCUGGAUUCCCGGCACGAAAAGGGCUCCGAGUAUCAUCCAUCCUCUACAUUCCUCGAGGGAGGACAUUACCGAAGGUCCUGUUUCACAAAACCUUUCCAAUAAUAAUCGGUCGACGGGUAAUGAUGACAAAUCAGAAAGCGAAUCCGAGGAAAGCGUAAAAAAAGUGAAACCGUUCAUGGAUGAGAAUUUUCGUAGAACGGAAUUGCAAAAGAAACUUUAUUAUUUCUUUGAAGAACCCUCGACACUUUCGGCAAAGAUUUUCGCUUGGUUCUCGUCAAUCGUCAUCAUAGUCACCAUAGCGAUGGUUUGUGUUGAGUCCAUACCGACCAUCAUAUGGGAUAAAACCAUUUAUUUCGACUUAUGGAUUUUAUUGGACGCCGUUAACGUCCUCAUAUUUCUGGUGGAAUAUUUCGGGCGAUUUUACGCCGCGACGAAUAAACGAAAAUUUGUUUUCGCGCUAACAAACAUGAUUGACCUCAUUUCGAUCCUUCCUUUCUUCGUUCAACUCGUGACCGCCGGCGCAAAAUUGUCCGUAGAUACCACAUUCAAACUCCUUAGGACACCUCGACUACUCAAAGUCGUUAAAUUACUUCAAAUUACAAAAUACCGAACUGGAUUUGUUAUCACGUACCGAGUGUUUGCUCGCUCAGCAUAUCAAAUUUUUAUAGUCUUUGUGUAUGUCCUUCUCAUCAUUCUCGUGUCAUCCGCCGUAAUGUGGCCGUUAGAACGUGGUUCGCUUUCCAAUGACAAUGUUUACUACCGUGUCAACGAAGACGGUGUUGUCGAAAAGAGUCCUUUUCAAUCGAUCGUUCACUGUUUCUGGUGGUCCAUGGUCACGUUAACCACAACCGGUUACGGCGAUAGCGUUCCCGCCACGCCAUUGGGUAAACUUAUCGCUGGGUUUACUAUGCUUUGCGGUAUAUUGGUCAUAGCCUUACCUACAUCCAUCCUUGGAUCUAAUCUCGUGACCGAAUGGUCACUCCAUCAGCGUCUUCAAUUUCAGACGAGACUACAGAAACAAUUUGAAGAACUUAAUAAGAACGAGACUGACGAUACAAAAAGAAUGAGAGAUCUUGAGGUCAACAACGAAGCAAUGUUCCAUGCAAUCGCGGAUAUACAAGAACUUUUGGCCAACUUUAACCCACCCAAAUAUUAUCGUAAGUACAGGGAUCUCAAAUCCAUGUAUUUAAAAGCUUGCGGAAGGAUCAACGAGUUGGAGGACAAGGUGGAACAAUAUAAACGCAUCAACAAAAACCUCAGUCGCUUUAAUGAUCUUGGAAUUAAAAGCUUUCGAAAGAAUGACGACAAGGAUGAUGAUAAUGACGAAGGUACGAUGCAGGAUUCAAACGCAAAUAGUAUGAAAUCAUGGAAAUGGAAGAAAUCAAAGACUACCGAUACCUUCAGUCGGAGUAGUACUCAGAAUUCCGCGGACGGAGUAAAGCAUUCUGUGCCGAAAGGAUUGAGAAUAUCUCCGAUGAAUACUUUACGAAGAAUUGGGAAACCUUUUUCAAGGAUUCACUCCAGAGAUGAUCUGAGAAUAAAACUUGGAACGGAAAAAAUAAAAAAAGAAUUCAUUGGUUCCCCGAAAGAAAUGCGAAUGGCUUAUAUGCCGAUCAACGAUGAAAAGCAUGUAACACCAAUGAUUCGAUCGGAGAGCGAACCGCUUUCUGCCCCAUACCAACCGAAUUUAAAUGAUAUCUCGAAUUCGGAAAACAAAAAAAGUAAGAUCAUCACAGACUCUACUUCCAUGUACCCGUUUUCCACUGAUUAUGAUGAGGGCGGAGGGGAAAGAAUGCAAAAAGGGGGGAGGGUAAACGAAGGGAGCGCAAAUCAAGAUAUGAUAGAAAUCAAUGAUGAAAUAGAUGAUAAGAUUGAAAUUAUAGUGGGAAAUUCAUUUCCUGAAAAUGUAGAAAAAAGUAACAAUUCUCUUCACAAAGAAGAAAUAUAG